CCUAUCUGUGUGCUAACACGUGGCUGGUUCUGACUCCCAGCUUCAUGCUCCCAGGAAUAAGACUUAGACUCAAAAUAUAUUUACAAAUACCUUGGCCAUAAAGCCAGGGUUUUCUCUGACUAGAUCAUAACUUACAUAAUCGACAUAAACCCAUUAUUUUAACCUACAUUUUGCCACAUGGCUGGCUAUCAAUGCUCAGGCACCAUGAGUCGGUCUCCUCACAUCUUCCCGGGCUAUUCUCCCUUGGGACUCUAUCCCAGAAUCCUUUCUGCCUCCUGGAUGUUCCACCUCCCAUUUCCUGCCUAAGCCAUAGGCCACAGACUUUUUAAUUGACAGGUGAUGCAUCCAUACAACACACAAGUAUUCUCUCUACGCAUGGCCACAGUGUCUUGAAGGAGAACCAAAGCCCAAGGCCCUGUUUAUGGAAACUGUGAUAAUUUUGAAGGUCUUGACAUUCACUUUGUCACCGAAUUUCCUACAGAGAUUCCGCCCCCACCCCCCGUAAAAAUGCAUUUAGUAUGUAAGGAAAAUAUUUUCCUAGAAGUUCAUCUUCCUCACAAAUUAUGUUCCAUGCAAGAACAUAGAACUGGGCAGGUCUGAAUACUCUUCAUUUUACAUUGUUACACUCUGACAUUGAGGUAAUGUCGGCGUGCAGGAUAUUCAACAUUCAAGUCAAUAAAGCAUGCAUUAAAUAUGCAGUGUGCUUUCGGGUUCUGUGAAGUCCUCUAUUUAAAACCCGUGUCAGGCUAAGGAGCUUAAAUUUAGAAAUAGCGUUAGUCUGAGACCUCAUGUUACUUAGGCCUUCAGCAAGGCCCGUCACAUGCCCGAGAUCUCUCUGAGUUCCUUUCUCAAGUCCUCUGCCUCUAUGGCACUGAGACUGGAAGAGAGCGAGAUUUCUACCAGAACAAACAUCAAAGUGAGAAUGGUCAGGGUUGGGGGCGGGGCCUAAGAAGGUUGCUAGGGAAGGAGCUAUUAAGUCAUUUCCGACUGACUAAGUCGUUACCAAGGAAACAGCGGAGAGCGACAGAGAUUGGCAAGUCAAGGGACAUGUUCCCUCCCCAGCUCCUUUCUGCUCUGGUGUCUGGUUUGAUCUUGGCCUGCUGAAAGACGCUAAAUACUCACGAUCUUAGUAUGCUACCAUCCUUCUCCAUGCUCUGUUCCCCAAACCCCUCUCCUGGCACAGUUGCUCUGCUGUGAUGGAAAAGCUUUCCUCUACCUCACCAACCCCCACUCCAGCCUCGCCCUAACUCAGGAGCUGCAGCUUCGGGGAUAUUGCUAACCCACCUCUCGCAUUGGGUUUCCUCCACCCUGUUAAAUGCAAACUUCCAAAUGUCUGUGAAACAUAUCCAGGACAAUUCAAACCAGGAAAUAGCUGCAAGAAUCAUUCAGAGGGCCUGGAAAACUUUCCUUGCACAGCUCCUAGAUGCUGCUGCUGGCGUCCAAGUCCGAUUCAGGUUGGGUGGGGUUAGAUUUCCACCUGAGAUAUACUAUAAAAUUUUUACUCACAGACAUAUUGAGGAUCUGUGUGCUAACAGCCCUAGAGAUUACACAAAGCUUCCAGCAAGAUACACAUCCCACAACAAAGAUGAUCCACCCCAGGUGGAGGACAACAGUGGUUGGUAUCGCCGUGUAGAGAACAACGGCUGGAGGCCUGUUUCCUACAGAUUUUGGAUGCCACUUGAAAGCGGAGUGGUGGACAGCACAAAGGAAAGCGAAUUUCAUUUCUCUAAACUGAAGAGAAAGCAAGAUCUGGAGAAGAAAAGGAAAAUUAAAAAAAUUGAUUGGAUGAGACAAAUGUACUACAUGGGAAGCCUGGAGGCCAAGGCAACAGAUAAUGAGACUUUAGGUCUAAUUCACAAAGCAACAAAAGGCCUAAUCAAGAGUAUUGAAGAUGGUGGAGUGGAUUCUGUAAUGGAGUGGGAAGUAGAUGAAGUGCUGAACUGGACAAACACACUCAACUUUGAUGAGUAUAUUGCAAGUUGGAGAGAAACUGCUACAAGCAACUCUUCAGCUAACUUAAAAGAUGUCAAGCUUCAGCGAAUACAGAAAAGCCUACAGAGCAACAUCUAUGGCGAUGAGGCAAAGCAAGCAGAGGAGUCACUGUACGAUGAUUCUACUUACUAUGAAAAUGCUUAUACAAAACAGUUCACUAGAUUAACACCCGAUUCCAUGUUCGGCAUGUAACCAGAAAGGAUUCCCUUUUCUGAGCGAUGGACCUACCUUCAAGCCCACUUUCCAGCGAAAGCCAAGAAACUACUUAUUCUGACUACAAUGACAUGUGUACGUCUUACAUGUCUUACUUACUCUUAGUUAAGGGAUACUGAAGAAAUACUGCCCUGGACAGUGUACAGUUCCUCCUGGUAUUCUGAUAAACUAUAGUUGUUUGACAGUUAUACUUAAAAUAAAGAUACUUUUUUUUGACAUUAAGAACCUUCAAAUACAGUUUUGCUUGUGGGGCAGUUGCUCAGUGCAGGGCUCACUCACUGGACACUCCAUCUCCAAACGGCUCUCACUUACUUGUCUUACUGAAGUGUCCACUGAUUUUUUUUUUCCUUUUUAAUUCUGCACAGGUAACAAUUUACACAUUUAUGGAGAAUGGUGUAUUUCACAGUAUUUAUACAACAUGUACCGACGGAGUCAGGGUGGCCGAUGUCUGUCCACUUGGUUUAGUUUGGCACCUUUGGGUGUGUAGUGCCACAGUGCAUGUAGAGUGCACGGACGUCUUUGGAGAUACACUAAGAAGUGACACUGCUGAGCCACACAGCAGAUUCACUUUCCCCUCAUAUCAAUCAACACACACAUUUUGUUUGGUUUUUGAUAAUGUGCAUUGUUUAUAGCAUGACAGCAUCUUGUGGUUUUGAUGGCUUAACAUUUUUUAAAGUUUUUUUUUAAUGUGUUCUUGAUAUUGACUCUGUAGAUUAAUAGAUGGCAAGUAUCUUUACCUAAAACCUGUAAGCUCUCUCUUAUUCUUAUAGUUUUGUUGCUCCGCGUGAGCAUUUCAGUUGGUAUGAUUCCCAACCUGCCACUUUUGUGUUUUCUGUGCAUUAAGGGUGCGUCAAGAAAGUCUUUACUCCCACUAGCAUCUUGCAUUUCCUGUGUUCCUGUAAUAGUUCUGUCUUAAGACCUCUAGGUCUUGACACAUUUGAGUUGAUUUUGGUAUAGGGUGUGACACAGGGAAUCAACUUUUAAUCUUCUGCAUUAAGAUAUAGUUUAUCAGCACCAAUGGAAAUAAGGAAACGGUGCCUAGGUAAACAUUUUUUUUCCGAACAUCAGUGUAGAAUUAGCUUAGUGAGGUAUAUAGCUUUAUCUCUGGGGCCAUAAAAUUUUCAUUAUUGUAACUCAAGCAUGUCUCGCAAUCCUUUCAAGUGUUUUGUUGUUAGCUACUGGCAAGUUGGUUUUCUAUAUGAAUUUUGUGAUUUUAUAGUUCUCUUAAAGGAUGUUCCUCAGAUUUUUAAAAGGAUUGGUCAGUCUACAAACUUCUUUGUCUGGUAUGGGAAGUCUUUCCAUCUUGGGAUUUCUCCAGUGACUUUGAUCAGCGCUUUGUAAUUUCCACAGUAGAGGUCUUUCUGAACCUCAGCUGAAUUUACUCCAAGGUAUUUUACUUGUAACUGCUGUGAAUGGAUUUGCCUUUACAGCUGCCUUUACGAAGUUUUGUUAGAAGCAGGAUAAAACUGAGCCUGCAUGUAGUCAUUUUUGGCUUGACCUAUCUGGACCUAAGAUCUCACUGCAAACUUGUGAGCUCUAAAAUAAGAAGCUUAAGAACAAAGCAAGACAUCCCUGUCCUCAGCAAGGAAGACUUGUGCUUACCAUAAAGGGACAGACACGUCCUAAUGCAGGUAACAGCGACUUAAAUAUUUCUCACCAAUACAGCAUCCUCUUCUAGAAAAAGAAAUAUAUGCAUGCAUGCAUGCAUGCAUGUAUAUAUGUAUGUGUAUAUAUUUGAAUACUAUUUGUUCAUAAAAAGAAUAAAAUCAUGCCGCCCAUCAUCUGUGGCAAAUGGAUCUGAAGGGCAUCAUGUUAAGCAAAAUAAAAGCCAGACAUAGCAAA